GAUGAACGAUAAUAUGUUUAUUCAUGACCAGGUUCAGCGAUCGGACUCAUAUGAUUCCUUUAAUAGUUGGGGAUUUUUUAAUUUAAGUUCUAACCAAAUAUUAAAAGAAGAUGGUUCAAGUAGUAUUUCAGAAAUCUUUAUGAAACAGAAAAGUUCUAUAUUUCUCCCUUUAAAUGGAAUUAAAGACGGUUCUUCAGCUUUAUUUUCUAUCUAUUCAUCUCUCUUGGAUGAACCGGAGACUCCUAAAGUUUUUUAUAAGCAGAAAAAAGAUUUAAAGUGUCAUUAUAAAUCUUUUCUUUUUAUUAGAAGGUUUUGGACAUUUCUUCUAAAGUUUAUAUGUUUAUAUAUUUGGGGACGUGUUAUUACUAUUUUUGUAUUUCAUGCUCAAAUGAAAGAAAACAUUACUUCUCCUUAUAAAUUUGAAAUUCUUACACAUAUUCCGCAUUUUCGUACUUUGUACAGUCUUGGGAUGGCAUUAUUUGGCUUUUUGACACCUGUUAUAGACUCUUUAAUGUAUAAAUUUGGAUUCACGCAAGCGUCAAAAAAUGCUUAUCAAAUAGAAAUUCCAAACUCAAAAUAUAUAGAGAUUUUUGAGAUUAUGCGUGUCUUUAGUACAUUUACGGGUAUUGUUUAUGCUUUUGUUAAAUUAUCAUGGGUUUUGGAUGUUAAAGCAUCAUUAUUUUUAUUUUUUAUUGGCUUUUCUAUGUGGUUUAUUUUUGAUCGUGCACAAACUGGUUUUUUUCUUUCAAGUAUAACAUCUAUUAUAUUUACUAUAAUUCUAUCUUUUACUUCUGAUAUAUUUAAAAACGAGGAUUUGAUGAGGAAAGAAAUAUUUGGUAUUAGAUCAUGGAUAUUAGGAUUUUUUUUUUCAAGUUGUAUAACUGCUAGUAAUAUUGGACGGCGACUUUUUAGAUAUAUUUGAAAAUUUAUAUCCAAAAAUCACUAAAAUACCCAAACAAGA